AACCCACCUGGUCUCCGGACUCAAGUGUUAUCUGGAAUCGCCGUGGUUACGCCUUCGAACAAGGCCGGGAGCAUGUUCGAGGGAGGCUCUGGGGGAUCCGCGGCCAGCUUGGAGGGGCUGCGCAACGUUCUGCGGAACCGGACCGAGCGGGACAGCGCCCCGGUCGGGACCCUCCAUCUUACCACGACCAACGCUGUCGUCCCCGGGGACGACGAGUGUACCCUGCGCGGUCUGAACGAGCGCUUGUCCGGCUACCUGGGCAGAGUCAAGCAGCUGGAGAAGGACAACCGGCAGCUGACUGAAGAGAUCGAAGAGAUUUCAGUCAACAGGAAGACACUGGAGCACCGAGACUGGCAACAGCUUGAAAAGCCGCUGAAAUGCCUCAAAAAUCAGAUUAAGGAUCUCGCCAUGAAUAACGCCAAACUACUUCUCCAGAUUGCCAACACCAAACUGGCCAACGCUGACUUCCUGAACAAAUUCAGCGACGAAAUGAAGGCACGGAAGGUGAUUGAAGAAGACCUGUUUGAGCUGAAGAAGGACAUUGAGGACACCCAGCUGCGCAACGAGCAAAAGCAGAAGGAAAUUGAUCUGGUGAAGGAUGAACUGGCCGACUUUGAGCAGGACCACAAAAAUGCUGUGGACGACCUGCGAGAGAAGAUCGGGAACUUUGAGGUCUGUGUGGAAAUUGAAACUCCAAAUUCCAACUUUCUCGAGAUUGUCAACAACAUCCGCAGGCACUAUGACAAGCUUGCCACGAAGAACAUGAAAGAGACUGAGGAUUGCUACCAGACUAAGUUUGAAAAUAUCAAGUUGGAAGAGGCCCAGAACACUGAAGCGCUGCAAUCUGGAAAGACAGAGCUCAGAGGUCUGCUCAAGCAGAAACAAGAUCUGGAGAUCAAAAUUAGUGCUGGGCACAGCACGAUCCGCAAUCUAGAAGAAAACUUGAGAUUUGCCAAGCUGGAGAACAGUCAGCGGCUGGGUCCUCUCAAGCGAACGAUCUUGGACUUGGAGCAGCAGCUGAGGAAGGUGAGGGCGCACGUUCAGAACCAGCUGGAGAUGAACAAGGACGUGCUGUGCGCCAGGAUGAGACUGGAAGCAGAGAUCAUUGAGUACCAGAAGCUGAUUGUAGGCGAUGUUGACAGCUUGGAUUUUUCUUCAGACGACGCUCUGCCACAUGACCAGCAAAAGAGUGAUGGGGAAGUCUCUGAGGAGCAGGAAUCUGCGACAGAAGUUGUGACAACAGAAAAUAAAUCUGCAAAAGCUUUAACCAAGUCAGUUGAGGAAAGAUAAAAAAAAAAAAAAAAAAAAAAAGUGGCUCCUCUUCCUCCUCAUAGUUGUCUGAAGAGGAAGAAGCUCAAAAUAAUGGUUCCCUGCUGUCACAACAAUGAACCUGCAAAUUUAAAUUGUGAAUAAAAUAGACAUACUUGCUUUC